CGUGCUGCAGUUUCGUUUGGCCUCCACCGGAGAGCUUUACCAUUCAGAAUUCAGAGAGUACAGAAAUCGAAUUUGAAACCCUAGAGAGAGAAAAAGAGAGUGAGAUGGGGCAUUACGAACACCACAACCAAGCUGUGGAAGGCUUGUUGAACGUGUUCUCCAAAGCUAACCACGAGCUCUCUGUGGUUCAGCACAAGCUCGAGAGAGAGUUCCAACAGACAUACCCUGACAACGCAAAUCCAAUGAAGCUUGUUUCAAGGAUAAAGAAGAUACAGGAAGAUGUGACAAUAUUGAAAGAACAGUGUCUUGAACUAUUAGCAGCCAAACAGGAUUUGAUUGAUAAGGCACAGACAAGUCUUGUCAGCAAUAGAAAUGUACUGCAGAACAUGCAAGCAUUCACGGGCAUUCCUUUUACCAGCGAUUCUGAUGAUUCUUCCUUUACCAACUUUAACCAGGUUAUCAACGAGUGGACAACUCAAUUCAGAUCAAUAGCAGGGAAUGAGAGGCAUGAUUCAGACUCUGAGAAUAUCAACCAAUUGCUCUUCUCAGCUAUAGUUCAAAACAACUGAACAGCUUUCAUGAACAAAGAUUCGAUGUCAAGUUUGUGAUUGCGAGUUUCUGCUGUGUUGAAUGGAGUUUCACAAUCUGUCAAAUACUUUCCGUUAACAAAAACUUUGGGGUAGUAGGUACUGUAAGUGAGAGAGGUUCUGUGAGAAUAGCUACUUGAAACGUCCUAAGCAGCAAAGAAAUAUCAUCAUAUUUUUUCAUUCAUUUGCUUCUGCAUCAGAAUCUCUCAUAUGCA